AAUUUCGAUGUGGGACUAGUAUCCGCGCCUUAUCUUUGGAUUGAAGUAAUGUAUUAAACAUUGUUAAAACGGAAAUUAUAAAACGCGAACGACACCCCCCUCCCUUUAAGCAAAGGUCAAAGUUCACAGGAAGCUGGGGGGCUGCCAUUUUUCCCCCUGCUAACAUGUUAAAUGCUAAAAAGGCGAGGAGUGGUGGUCGCUGCUGAGUAGUUCUGUUUAUUGGGUGUUUGCCGUUCGUUUGGCUUUGUCUACCUCUUCCGUCGUAUGCGUUAGGCUCGGUUGUUAAAUAAAGGCGGCAUGGAGAGGACAGAACAGCCGUGGAAUUCCUCCUACACGUACCAGGUGAGCAAACACAGCGCCGAGAUGCUACACAACCUCAACAGCCAGAGAAAAGAUGGAGGCAGGUUUUGUGAUGUUAUCUUGCGCGUCGGAGAGGAGAGCUUCCCCGCGCACAAGGCGGUGUUGGCGGCGUGCAGCGAGUAUUUUGAGUCGGUGUUCAGCUGUCAAACGGAAGACGACAGCCAGAGCAAAGAGCUGGAGAUGCACACGAUUAGCCCCAAAGUUUUCCGAGACAUCUUGGACUUCGCGUACACGUCUAAGAUCGUGGUGCGUCUGGAGUGCUUCCCGGAGCUCAUGACCGCGGCGAAGUUUCUGCUCAUGCGAUCCGUCAUCGAGAUCUGUCAGGAGGUCAUCAAACAGUCCAACGUGCAGAUCCUCGUGCCUCCUUCCCGAGGAGGCGAGCACAGUCUGUUCAGGGCCGCUGAGCAGCUGUCAUAUCCCCUGCCCGUGGACAUGUCAAACGGGAGCGUGUCUAACGGCGCUGUGUUUACCGACAACAAUGACAGUGACAGUGGCGAUCCGACGCAACCGAGUAAUAAAUCGCAGGCGGCCGCUCCCGGAGCACCAGCCACCGAUCACUUAGCUGUUUCCCCGCUGGAGUUUCCCAACAGCGACGGCGCCAAGCGAGCUAGAGGGAGACCCAAAAAAGAGCCCACAACAGAGCCGAUCACUUACAAUAACAGCACUGCUCAAAGCGAAAAUGACGGCAUUUUCUCGUGCGGGGUUUGUGGUAAGAUGUUUCCAGACGACGUCCAGUUGAGAAACCACGAGAUGCAGCACGGGACGUUCACUGGCGGGGUGAGCACGGGAGUGGAGCUGGUCGCUGUGGACGGCCCGACGAUGGUCUCUCAUCCCCAGUCGAAGUUUCAGGAAAACGGUCUGCCCGCGGACAACCGUAAACGCGAGAGGACGAGACGACACGUCGCGUGUGAUCUGUGCGGGAAGGUCUUCCGUGACGUCUACCACCUCAACCGGCACAAACUGUCACAUUCGGGCGAGAAACCGUACGCGUGUCCGGUGUGCGGGCUGCGCUUCAAACGCAAGGAUAGGAUGUCUUACCACGUGCGGUCUCACGACGGCUCGGUGGGUAAACCGUAUGUCUGUCAAAGCUGCGGUAAAGGUUUCUCCAGGCCAGACCAUCUGAAUGGACAUAUUAAGCAGGUUCACACCACAGAGAGACCUCACAAAUGUCAGAUUUGCAAUGCAUCCUUCGCAACACGAGACCGCCUGAGGUCACACCUGGCGUGCCAUGAAGAUAAGAUACCAUGUCAAGUGUGUGGAAAAUUCCUCCGGGCUGCCUACAUGACCGACCACUUGAAAAAACACAGUGAAGGACCUCAUAACUACUGUGGAAUAUGCAACAAAGGUUUUUCUACUGCAUCCUACUUAAAGGUGCACAUAAAAACGCACCACAGCUCGUCCAUGCUCCCUUCCUCUGCAGCACAUCAGUUCCCUGAACCUCGCACCAACAGACCACAGAUGCACAACGGCGCCCCCUACCACUCAGGACGCCAGUGCGCAGUGGAAGACCUUUGCACCAGUCGCCGUCUCCUGGUUACCUUUCCAGAGACCGAGGGGUCUUUUCGGGGGCUAACUGGGCCAGUUCUACCCCAGCCCGUCCCUCCGGCCCUGGGCCUGCAGCCUGAGCUGCUUCUGGGCAAGUCAGGUCCAACUCCCUAUUUCUGGGAGUGCCGCUCUUCUGGAGCACCAGGGUUUCCACUUCACGGACCUCUUACAGACGGGCAGGAGAAUGCUGGGAAAUGCCCCCAUCAGGAUUCUGAUGGAUCGGAUGCAGUUUUCGGGGACCUUUCCAACGGAACGGACCUCAAAGCUGAACAGAAAGUUGAGGGAGAAGAAAUGGAGGUGACAUCUUUCAUCUUCAAUGGCCAAGCUGAGGAUGCAGUGACCUCGCCGGGGGGAUCCAAAAACAUCCAAAAAAUGGACCAAGAAAAGAAGUUUGCCUGCGGCGACUGCGGCCAGACUUUCCGCACAAAGUCUUACCUCAACAAGCACCAUCACCGGGUUCAUAAGAAACGUGCUGCAGCCGGGUCCGGUCUCGGUGAUCUCGGCUCACCUUUUUCUCCCCAACAGAAUAUGUCACUUCUUGAAUCCUUUGGUUUUCAGAUCGUCCAGUCGGCCUUUGCCUCCUCACUAGUGGACUCUGAGAUGGGCAGCAGUGGAAUUGGUUUAGGGGACAAAUGACCCCUUUGAGACACAGACAUUUCUUCUAACCUUUUUGGAUAACCAAACGUUUGAUAACUGCGAGUUUAUUCUGUUGUCUCAUACUCCUUGACGCCAUACGUAGACUACUUUUUUUUUUCACAUUUCUUACUAUUGUAAUGUUUGUUAAUGUUUUGACUUUGCCGUCAUGGAUGCCAUCUUGGUGUGAAGCAGCUAAUCUGUUUAUUCCACUUUGGACAAAUCCUCAAUUUCAUUGGUCUAUCCUGAUUUUUUUUAUUUUAUUAUAUGUAUAUUGGGUAUUUUUUGACACGCGUGUAUCUCAGCUUCCAGAUGGUGGAUUGAGGAUGAUGUUUGCUUUAAAAGACAAACUGAUCCCCCAAACUUUUUUAGAAUUUACCUCUAGUUUAUCAGUGCCCAGACUUACCUCACCAAGAAGCAGAACAAUAGCAAGUGUUACAAUUUUAACAAAAUCUAAACGAAACAAAAGUUUUCACAAUCAGAAAACAUUGAGUCAUUUACGCAACUGUUGUAGUCCAAUGACCUUUAACCUACAGCAACCAGUCAUAACAUAUAAAUGUUUUAGACUUUUGCUGAAGGAAUUACUUUGACAAAUAUUUAAAUGAAUUGAAAUCCUUGAAAACUUCAGGCCAAAUAAUGGCUGUUAUCUCUGUAUAAUUUUUUUUUUUUUUUUGGUGUUUCUUUGUUUCCAUGUUUUGAGACAAAUGUCCAACAGGGACCAAUUUCAGGUUUCACAGUAAGAUAUAGCAAGAAGUAAAGAAUAUAUUUUAUUAACUUAUUGAUACCGGUGUCCAAGUCUCCUUUAAGAAAAGGUAUAUAUUGAGUUUUGUUGCGACGUGCUAUUUUCUUGAAUCAUGCAGCCGACAGGAGGACAGCGUGAGAAUGAUGACGUGUAUAUGAGUACACGUAUGUAUGCUGCAGUCUCUCCAAUGUCCUUUAUCUCUAGAAUGUAAUAUAUACAGAGGGCUUUGUAAUCUUUUUUUAAUAUAUCAAGAGUUUUUCUAAGUGGUUCAGUACAUUCCUGCUUAACUUAAAAGUCUUGUCACUAUACAUGACAUGUAACAUUCAUAUAUAUAAAACAAAUAUGUAUAUAUGUAUGGCCAUUUAUAUCAUUUUAUGUAAACGGGGUUCUUGUAUAUAGAUUUUCCUUGGCCUUGUUAAAUGAAUGGAUUUUUUUUUCUUUCUUGGAAGAGUAAGUUUUAAAAUAAUUAUUUUAAGUUGAUACUGACAAAUCCAUCAUUUUGUUGUGUCUGUAUUAUUAUGCAAGUAUUUGAGUGUGUAUCUAGUGUUAGACUUAUUCUAAAUGCAGUGUUAAUGCUGGUUUCUUUUCUUUUUCUUUUACCCUGCAGGUUAUUAGUAUAGUGUACAGUAAAUGUAUUUGGAAUGGCAGUUUGUACAGUGUUACAGGAGUGUUGCAAGCGGUCACUUAAGAUGGAAGCUAUAGAUGACAUUGUACACACAAAUCUUUAUUUUAUUACCAUAUGUACUUGUUCGACUUAAUGUUUUCAUGCACAGCCGUAAAAUCUGAAGCGGACUGAUCUGGGCAGUGGAAAACCUGCAGGUUUCUUUGCUUCAGCUUGCUUAUUUGACUAAUCAUUGCUAAUAUCAGCUCAUAACAUCUGUUAAUUGAUUGCAAUGUUAUGCUUCUAAUAGUAACAAUCAUUGUCCAUUGCCCAGUAAGUGUGAUUUGAAUAUUUGCUGCCCUUAUUUAUUUAUACAUUUUAACUUGUAGGGAUUUGGUCUGUUAUUUUUGUUGCUGUCGUUAUUUGUCUUGUAUGGUGUUCUGGCUUAUUACAUCACUGGAGACAUUUGUUUGUUUGUUUUCUUGCUUUUGUAUUUGUAUAUUUGUAUGUUGCAAAGUGCCUUCCCAGUACUGAUUGUGAACAGCGAUGGGUAGGAAAAAUCUGUCAUUUAAAGGACCUAUCUUAUGAAAACCAUAUACAAACAGAGUUUCAUUGACACUUUUGUAUAAAGACAUGCACAUAGAAUUUUUGUCUGUUUGGUAUUCUACCUUUUUUUUCUGACAAAAUGUUGUUUCUCUGCAAUUUGUCACAACCUUGAUCAAUUUUUGGACAUUUGGAUAGAAGCAUACUUUUCUAUUGAUGUUUGUUUUUGUACACUGUUUUUUUGUGUCUCUGUCUAUUUGGCACAGAGAUGGGUAUAAAAUAAAAUUGUAUUUGAGAA